GUUUGGAUGUGUCUGUGGUUGGAUACCUUCUUCACACUGGGGAUUAGACUGGUAAACUGAAAGCAUUAUGAAAGCUUCUGUUGGAGUGUGUGUGGUGUUCGUUUUGGCUCUGGUGGGGCUUGGCUCUGCCAUUAAAUGUUACAGUUGUAAGGACUACACGGGCACAUGCUCUAAGACUCGAAACUGCUACUAUGAUGAUGCCUGCGUGACCGUCUACGAGAGAGGUGGUGACACACACAGGCAGUGUAUAAAGUACUCUGAUUGUAACUACAAUGUAAUCGGCGAGAAAUUUCCCAAAAUUUCCAGCUUCAAGUUCUCCUGCUGUACCACUGACCUGUGUAACACAGCACCUGUGUCCGUGUCCAGCCGCUCUGUGGUGGGAAUACUGCUCUCACUAGCACUCUUCUGGUGGGGUGUUCUCUAAAACGCUUCUGCAUUGUUCCUCGUAAAGCUGGUAGUGGUAUCAUGCAGUGAGAAUGCAGAGAUCUUCUAUAUCUUGAGUUAAGUGGUCAAAGAAGCAUUCACAGCUUAAAUCUCAGCUGUACGAUAAAACUGUGUGUACUCACCGCUAAAGCUUGUAAGCUAAAGCUUUUUUUUUUUUUUUUUUUUAGUUUUGCACUUAAUAGUGAAAGGGAAACCAUCUGAUUAUAAUUUGUUGUAUUCAGUGUUGCUUUAUGUAUGUGUACUCUUUCGCGGCUAAUCUUGUUACCCAGUAAAGUGCCCUGCUAAAAAAAACAAUAGAAGCCCAAUAGAAACCAUCACAGAAAUUCUAAUGGUUUCCAUUAAAAUACCAUUAUAAACCAUUAGCUUUUCCCAGUAAAACCAUUACAAAAUUCCUUUUUGUGGUGUGUUUUGGGCAUUUUUCCAAUAGGAUUUAACAUCCCACCAAUAGAAUCCAUCACAUACCAGUAGACACCAUUAUAGUUUCCAUUAAAACCAAUACAAUUCCCAUUAUAACCAUUAAAACCAUUACAUUUUCUAUUGUGUUUUGGGCAGGGUUCUAUUGUUUUUUUCAGCAGGGUGGUACGACUGAGUGGGUUAAGAGGGAUGCUGACAUUUUAAGGGUUAAUGUAUCAUAUCAUCGUCAUUUUCAUAAAAACCCUUUACGCCUGCUUUUCCUCUGACUUGUUUACGAAUGUCUCUUUUAAAACUUAAAAUCUCUUGAAAAACAUUGCGUGCAAUAUGUAGACAUGUACUGCCAGUGUGCUGAUUAGCUUCUUGUUACCACUAUAGCCAGCAAAACUUACUGAACCUUUAUGUGACCAAUAAAAGGAACAUGCAGUUUUAUGCAAAUUGAGAGUUUGAGAAUUCUGUUAAAUAUUUACAACGAUUCCUCAUGUAGGCCUAAAGCUGUUUAUUAGCAAUUUACUAUGCUGGAGCUGGAUUAAAAUUUGAGGUAUGACUGUGUGUAAUUUAUGUUGUAAAACAAAAUGUGAUGUCUCUUCAGCUAAUGUUAACCACAUUAACUAACCAUUAGAAAAACCCAAAAGAUUCAGGUCAUAGGGUCUUUAACAGCCAUGACUAACAAGUAGGCUAUCACCGCAGGACCCCAUUAUUUAUAACGAUUAGGUUAUUUAUGUGCUUCGUUUCAGGAUUUUUUUUUUUUUUUUUUUCUGGACAUUAAUUAAUAUAAUUAUUAGUUCUCUGUCAAAAUAAUGUAAAUAAAUGUUUUUUGGCCAUU